AGAUAGUUGGGUCUGGUAACACACUGCCAAGGGACGGGGAAGACCCGGUCCAUAGACCAAAGACCCGGUCCGUAGACUCGGUCCGUGGACGGUUUCCUGCUCAGGAGGAUCGCCUGUGAGCGGCAGGCGCCUCGGCGCUUAAAGGCCAUUUAAACGUGAGUAUGAAGCGAUCAUUCCGCACGCUGAUGGAAGCCCACCGCCUCCGCUGGAUCCUCACCGUGUAAACAACCGAGGCAGCAGCAGCACAUGUCCGGAGACACCAUGACCGCGGUCCGAGGUGCCCACCCCCACGCCCCCACCCCCGGCUCCACGGCACCCCCCAAGGAGAACGGACACACGGCGGACCCCGGGUCGCCCGCCCCGACCUUCCCCACCCCGGCUCCCCCGGAGGAGGGCUCCGAGAGCGGCGACACCCCGACGUCCUCGGCAGGCGAGCUCACUCGGACAUGGGUCCAGUUCGCCAAGACCUUCGUGGUGAUCUUCCCCAUCUACGCUCUGGGAUACUUCGAGUUCAGCCUGAGCUGGCUCCUCAUCGGCCUCGUACUGUUCUUCUGCUGGCGGCGGAACGCGGGCGGGAAGAGCAGCCGGCUGAACCGAGCCCUUGCGUUCCUGGCCCAAGAAGACCCGCCCAGACACACCCUCACAAGUUCGGAUCUACCGCCAUGGGUUCAUUUCCCAGACGUGGAGCGGGUGGAGUGGGUCAACAAGACGGUGGAACAGAUGUGGCCGUAUGUCGGUCAGUUUGUGGAGAAGUUGUUCCGGCAGACCAUCGAGCCGGCGGUGAGACAGACGCACGGACAACUGAGCUCCUUCUGCUUCACCACCAUCAACCUGGGAGACAAGCCCCUAAGGGUCAACGGGGUCAAAGUUUACAGCGAGAACGUCGACAAACACCAGAUCAUCAUGGACCUGCAGGUCAGCUUCGUGGGCAACACAGAGGUGGACGUGGAGGUGAAGAGGUUCUACUGCAGAGCCGGCAUUAAGAGCAUACAGCUCCACGGAGUGCUGCGGGUGCUGAUGGAUCCGUUGCUAGGCGACAUGCCGCUGGUCGGAGCCCUGUCUCUCUUCUUCCUCAAGAAACCGCUCCUGGACAUCACCUGGACGGGCCUCACCAACAUCCUGGACAUACCGGGCCUCAGUGGUUUUUCAGAGAGUGUUAUUCAGGAUAUUAUCUUCAGUUACCUGGUCCUCCCCAACCGCAUCACCAUCCCACUGGUGGGCGACGUUGAGCUGACACAGCUACGGUACCCCAUGCCUAAGGGGGUUCUCCGAAUCCAUUUCCUCGAGGCCCAGGACCUUGAGGGGAAGGACCAGUUCCUGGGGGGUCUGAUUAAGGCCAAGUCGGACCCGUACGGGGUCCUGCAGAUUGGCACCCAGCAGUUCCGGAGCCGCACCAUCAAGGCGAACCUGCACCCAAAGUGGAACCAGGUCUUCGAGGCACUGGUGUACGAGUUCACCGGGCAGUACCUGGAGAUCGAGCUGUUUGAUGAAGACACCGAUAAAGAUGACUACCUGGGCAGCCUCAUGAUGGACCUCAGUCAGCUACACCAGGAGCAGAAAGUGGACGAGUGGUUCGACCUGGAAGAGGCCCCGACCGGUAAGCUCCACCUGAAGCUGGAGUGGCUCUCCCUGUUCUCCAAUCCAGACAAGAUGGACCAGGUGCUCCGAAGCGUGCGGGCGGACAGAAGCCUGGCCAAUGAGGGACUGUCGUCUGCCCUGCUGAUGGUCUAUCUGGACUCAGCGAAGAACCUCCCAAGUGUGUUCACAGGGAGCCUGCAGGCUAGUGGAGCCCAUGCCGAGCGCAGGGCGUCUGGGCUGGUCUUUACCGAGCCCCAGGCCACUCAGUCUAGGAAGCUACUCUGUGGUAAGAAGAGCAGCAGCGAACCCAGUCCUUUCGUCCGGUUCUCCGUGGGAAGCAAGACGCUGGAAAGCAAGGUCCGCUUCAAGACGCGGGAACCCAUGUGGGAGGAGGCCUUCUCCUUCCUGGUCCACAACCCCAGGAGACAGGAGCUGGAGCUGGAGGUGAAGGACGACAAACACAAGUGCACCAUGGGCAACCUGACGGUGCCUCUGCGGGACCUGCUGCAGGAGCAGCACAUGACCCGCACCCAGAGCUUCUCCCUGAGGAACUCGGGCCCCAGCGCCUGCAUCACGCUGCGCCUGGCCCUCAGGGUCCUGAGUCUGGAGAAGCAGGACCCCUCGGACCGCCCCUCCUCCGUCCAGGUCCGCAAGACCAGCGUCCCCCAGGCGGCGGCCCCGGGCCCCUCCUCCAGCUCCACCCUCUCCGACUCCCCCAGGGCCGCGCCCACCCCCCCGCCUCCUCCUCCCGCCGCCGCCCCUCCGUCCUCGGCCCCACGGCGCGCCCCCUACUCCUCCUCCUCCUCCUCCACCCUGACCCUCCCCCAGCGGGACGGGGAGCCGUACUCCCUGAGCCCCGCCCGCAGCGUCUCGGCGCUCAGCUGUCACCUGGUGUGCGGCGGCGGCGGCGGCUUGCAGCAGCGGCUGGGCCUCGGCGAGUCCAGCGUCAGCCUGGCCUCGGACGCCUCGCUGCCCGGCGCCCACCUGGAGCUGCACAACCGCCUGCGCCUGCUGCACAAUGGGUCUCUGCCCCCAGAGCCCUGUCCCCUGGGAGAGGUCCAGCUGACCCUGAGACACAGCAGCCAGCGCAACAAGCUCAUAGUGGUGGUCCACGCCUGCCGGCACCUCCUGGCGUUCCACCGGGACAGUGCCGACCCGUUCCUCAGACUCUACCUGCUGCCCGACCGCAGCCGGGGCGGCCGCAGGAAGACCUCGGUGAUGAAGAGGACCCUGGACCCCGUCUACGACCAGACGUUUGAAUUCAGUGUGUCCAUGGUGGAGCUCCACAGGAGGUCUCUAGACGUGGCCGUGAAGACCGGAGGCAGAGUUCUGACCAAGCACAAGGGGCUUCUGGGAAAGGUGCUGGUAGAUCUGAGUGGAGAGGAUAUUUCUAAAGGAUGGACACAGUGGUACACUCUGACGGACGGAUUAUCAAAGAGUCCAUCCUUGAAGUAGACAGAAUACGGACACACACACACACACACACACACACGCACACAGGUGAAUCACACAGGGGACACACACUUCUAGGUCGGACCUCCAGUUUGUUCUUCCAGUUUUGUUUCCUCAACCUCAAUUCUUCCAAUGUAAUGUGAUUUUUUUGCUGGGGUGUUUUCUUUGUGUGUGUGUGUGUGUGUGUGUGAGUGCGUGUGCGUGUGCGGGUGUGUGUGUGUGUGCAUGUGUGUGUGUGUGUGUGUGUGUGUGUGUGUGUGUGUGUGUGAGUGCGUGUGCGUGUGCGGGUGUGUGUGUGUGUGCAUGUGUGUGUGUGUGCGUGUGUGUGUGUGCGUGUGCGUGUGUGUGUGUGCGGCAGUAAAGCCUUUGCAGAGCAUCGACUGCCUUCAUGUUCCUGAGAUGUCCGUUGUUGAAGUGAACAUGUAAACGCUACCACACGUCACUCACACACGCGGUUACGUGAAACAAUAUGAUUCUGAAUAUGAUGUUGUUUAACUUCCUCCAGGGUUGUUAUGAACCGUUCUAUACUUCACACCUCCCUGUUGUGUUAUUUCAGAUAUUGUUUGUGAUAUAUUCUGGAAGAUUCUGUGGCCAUGGCAACAGGGUUUUUUGACAGCAGAUGCACGUAGCAGACCUUUGACCUUCUCCUUCCAUUAAUUCUCAUUCUUAUUUACGUGUGGGAUACCUGUCGCUGUUUCUAAGAGAAUGCUCCUCUGGGCAGAGUGAAAACGGGUUUAAAGUAUGUUGUGAUUCAGACUCUGAAGGCUCGCAGAUGCUCUAGAGCUGGAGUUCUAGACUAACUCGAGAUGAACCUAGAGCCGGGGUUCUAGACUGGCUCUGAUAUGCUCUAGAGCUUUGGUUCUAGACUGGCUCUGAUAUGCUCUAGAGCUGUGGUUCUAGACUGGCUCUGAGAUGCUCUAGAGCUGUGGUUCUAGACUGGCUCUGAGAUGCUCUAGAGCUAUGGUUCUAGACUGGCUCUGAUAUGCUCUAGAGCUGUGGUUCUAGACUGGCUCUGAGAUGCUCUAGAGCUAUGGUUCUAGACUGGCUCUGAGAUCCUCUAGAGCUGGAGUUCUAGACUGGCUCCACGAUUCUUGUUCAGGAAUGAUUGUUUGAACUAAAGUGAAUGACUUGAAGAGUAUUUAAGCUGACUUGCAUUUAUUUUCUUUGGGGUUUUUUGAGACCGUAUUUGGGGUUUUUGAAAGCGUUAUGUGGCCAUAUCUGUUUUUAAACCAUGCAUUUCUAAGUGUGUUUCAUCUUUUAGGCCUGUCAUGUUUUAUCAUCUACCCUGUGCCUUAAAACUCUGUAUAAUUCUGGCAUUUUGAAAUUAUAACUUUGAAUGAUAAGCACCCCAAGGCUUUUAAAGAAUGAAAUCUCUCUCUUGUGGUGUCGUCUGAUUUAUUUCGUAGACUAUUG